AUGAACAACGAUGAGUCUGAUAAAGAGGAUGAGAAACAGAAACUGAAAGCUUCAGAGAAUGAAAAUCCGAAAACAGAGUCCAAAGAGGAAAAAGGAUCUCAUGGAACUUCAGAACAGAAGGAUAAGAAGAAGAACAUCCUCACAUGGCAACACACAAGUACAAAGAAAGAGAAGGGUAAUGGUAAUAAGAACUUGUUAAGCGAGAAAAAUGGUUUCACCGCUAGGCCGAUGAUGUACCACGGUGGAAGCAAUCCUUCGCACCUGUGGCCAAUAUCCGCAGGCCCGAGAGGCCGUUAUCCACCAUUCUCGAGACCACCAAUGUAUGGACCAUAUGGUGGUCGUGGUCCAAUGUGUGGUGGUGGUCGUCCAAUUCAACCAUACCAAUACCAAUUCAUGGCUCGACCCCUGAUGUUUAAUGGUCAUAUGUCACCAUAUCCGCCUAUGGCUCCACCUUUUUUUCCUCCCUAUUGGCAAAUCAGACCAUUCACGGAUGCUAAUCCUAUGACGCAAUACACUAGUUAUGCAGACAAUUACUCCUUUUGCUUUAUCUAA